GUUUUCUUUUAACCAUUUUGCCACCCCUAGCUCUCACUAUGGCAAAUAAGAAACAAUAGCAUCAGGAUGGUUAAUUUCACUCUAAAAAAUGAGAUAAUAAACAACUGAAAAUUCUUGAUGCUCCAUACAAAGUGACAGAUAAAGCAAAUAGAUACUAUCUGAUGAUUCAUUAAGUAUCUUUUGUGUGAGUCACAUGCUUCCAAUCAAAAUAUUAGUGCCCUUUGGUUGUAAAAGUGAGAAAAUAGAAUGACCGAGAAAGAUUGCAACACUGGAAGAAGUUUUUGUGAGGCUUAAGUGAAGUUGCAAAAUCCCAACUUUCUAAGAACAUGAGAUAUUUAAAUGCUAAAGAAAAAUAGAAAAACACUGCGGUUUUAGGGGUUUUAUUGGAAAUAUCCGAAUCCCAACCAAAUAAUUGAAGAUUUUAAAUUCUCCACCUGAAACCAAACCAAAAAAUAUAACGGAACAAUCAAAUCACAUAAUCAAAAUUUUCGUCGGUUUGGUUAUUUAUUAUGCCCACACCUACCUUGGAGUGAAUCUAGGUGUUGUGUGGCUGAAGUAGUUGAUGGCCUUUUUUCAUUAUAUCUCUCUUUUGAGGUAGUCGACUCAGUGGAUAAAUCUGUGAUAUUUCGAGAGAGACAGGCAGUACAUAUCUGUAUUAAGUGGUUACAUCUCAAGUUAACUGUACAUGAUUUUCUUUAUUUCAUGUGUGCUGUUUCUCUAACAGAACAUUGGGUGUGUGCAGAGAAAGCUCGCAUUGAGGCAGAACUUAAAGCUGCGGAAGUUGCCUCUCGAAGGAAGGCAGAGGCUGAUUUAAAGAUGCAGCGGGAGAGACAACGGGAAGCAGCCCGGAUUGCUCUACAGAAGAUGGAAAGGACCGUUGAAUUUGAAGACAAUUUGAAGAUACUAAGAGACCUCGAAAAACUAUGUAAAUGCUGCUCAGAAGCUGAGAAUCUCACUGGUAAUGGAGAUGGAUUCACAAUCAUAUUGGGGGACAACCCUCUGGAAAGGCUUGGCUUAUGCAUCAAAGAGGAUUACGUCAAUGAUGAUGAAGAUGAAAUAUUGAAUGGAGACUGGGAAGAUGGGGAGAUAUCGGCAUAGAGGCGGUGCCUCUGCACAUUUUUGUCAAUCUUUUCUUGUUCCUUGCCUCUUGUCCAUAGUAGACUGCUCUGUGUAAAUGCGCAUCAAUUUUUAUCCCACCCUUUAUUUGUUCAUAGUGCAAUAAUGUAUUUAACUGCAUAUAUGUGUAAGUAUUCCAGCUUGUGAUAUACUAAGUAGAGCAAGAUGGACUCAAUCGCUUCAAUCUUUGAUUUCAA